AUGAAUGAUGUUCUUGAGGUAGGACCUUGGUUUUUUGGAUCAAGACCUUUAAUGUUGAAGCCAUGGAGUAUUGAUACAGACAUAGAAAAGUUUCAGGAUUAUUUCUAUCCAAUGUGGGUCCAAUUUCCAAGAUUGAGACUUAAUCUUUGGAGCUCAACUGGUAUUAGUACAAUUGCUAGCCUCAUUGGGAAACCUCUCACAACUGAUAAGCUCACGGCCACUAGACAGAGAUUGAGUUAUGCUAGAGUCUUAAUAGAGGUGAAACUUCCUUUUAAAGAGCCUUUGCCUGAUUUUCUGAAAAUUGAAGGGCCUGAUGGAAAAAGCUAUAUGCAACAAGUUUUGUAUGAAUUCAAACCUAAGUGGUGUUCUACAUGCAAUAUGAUUGGUCAUGAUACUGAACAGUGCAGAAGAAAUAAAACAAAGAAGGUGUGGGUUCCUAUCAACAGGCAGUCUGGAAAUGUUACAAAUGGAAAUGUUCAGCAUGUAUCUAAUUCUGGACUUGAAAAGGAGAUUUUUCAGCAUGAGAAUGCAAUAACUUCUUUUUCUGGUUCCAAGGACCAUGUUAUUAGUUCAUCUAAUCAGGAAGCCCAAUCUGUUGAGAAACAUGCACAGAAUGAAAAACGUGCACAAGAUGAUUUUACACAGACAAGGAGAAACUUGGAGAGCAAUUUUGGUUUAAGUGAAAGGGUAACCAUCCCCAGCUCAAUUCAAUAUAUGCAAGCAAAUGAACAUACCCUGUAUCAGCAAAACUCAACUCCAAAAACACCUGGUAAUGCUCAUUUCCAACUGAUCAGUCCAACUGUUAAUGCAUCAGGGUUCACAAGUGUGAAUAGAAACAGCAUAGCAAGGAGAGCUAAUAUAACUGAAUUAGUUGCUUCAGUCCAAAAUGUUAUUUUAUCAGUGCAAUGCAUUACAUGCACUAUUGAAUCCAGAGAUGGAAGGUUUACCAGUUUAUGCACUAUUGUAUAUGCUUUAAACCAAAUGGCUAGCAGGAAAAAUCUUUGGAGGGAUUUACUUACUUUAAAACAAAAUGUUAAUAGUCCAUGGAUUAUUGGGGGUGAUUUCAAUGCUAUUACAAGUUAUGAAGAGAAAAUUAGAGGAUUGCCAGUUACAAAAGCUGACAUUAAGGAUUUUCAAAGCUUCAUUAACACUAGUCAGCUGUUGCAUUUAAGAUCUACUGGCUGUUACUAUACUUGGUGUAACAAACAAGAGGCUGAACACAGAAUCUGGUCUGACUGGAUAGAUGAUAAUUUUGAGGGUAAAAGGCCAUUCAAGUUCUUCAGUAUGUGGGUUAAGCAUCCAGACUUUAUCUCAACAGUAAAUUCUAUAUGGCAUCAAAGCAGUGAAGGCUACUAUAUGUUCAGGUUUCAUACUAAGUUCAAAAGGCUUAAACAUGCCCUUAAAGAGCUAAAUAAAAAUCACUUCAUGAAUAUAAGUGAACAAGUAUGUAGAGCUAAGGAUGAUUUAGCUGAUAUUCAAAGGCAAUUAAAUGAUGAUCUUUUCAACUCAGAUUUGAUUGCAAGGGAAAAAGAAUGCAUCAAAAAAUAUGACAGAUUGAUUGAUUGUGAAUCUUCUUACUACAAACAGAAAGCUAACAUAAACUGGAGCUUGCAAGGGGAUAAGUGA